AUGGAUUUCGAUGAAUUUUUAGCGGCUCCUGAAAUUGUUCGUCGUCUUCUCUCUCAAGAUGCAUUCGAGAACGAGACUGUAACGUUCUCAUGUACUGUACAAAAUGUUGGUAAUGCAAAUGAAGAGGAACCAUUUACCAUCACUUGGUUUUUUAAUGAUAAACAAAUUCAAUCGAACACCGACAGAUAUAUCAUCGAUGAAAACUCCAAAACUGGCAUUUGUUUAUUAACAAUUAAAAACAUCGGAGCAGAUGACGAAGGAUCAUAUCGAUGUGUAGCCACAAACAAAUUUGGAUCAUCAGUUACGACUGGAUUUCUUGCUGUUCUAAGAAGAAAACGAUCUCAAUCACCAUCGCCUAGUCGUAAUGCCAGUCCAAAUCGUUCAUUAAGUCCGUCAAGCAAUCGUCUACGUGAUCGAAGUGUUUCCCCAUUACGAUAUAUUAAUUUACCAUAUUCGAAAUUAGCUCGAGUUACCGAAGAACUUGAAAAUCUUAUCAAUCCAUUAGCAUCGACUGUUCAUGAAGAAGAAACAGAAAAUGUCGUUCCCGAAGAUAAAGAAGCAACACCAAUUAGCUCAAUAAUCGAAACUGAACAAAUUGCAAAUAUUCCGUUAAAAGAACCAUCUCCGACAAAAAUCAUCGAACCUGAACAAUCAAUUGUUCUUCCCAUUGUUGAAGAGACUCAAAUCGAUUCAAGCAAAAAAGAAGAACAAUCAAAACCAGUGAUUAUCAGAAAAUUACCGUUGGUGGUACGAAUAACUGAAGGCGAAGAUCUCGACGUUAGUUGUUCAAUAGCCGGUGUACCGGAACCGACAAUUCGCUGGACAAAAGAUAAUGCUGAUAUUCGUGAAGAUCACCGCGUUGAUAUUUAUUCCGAUCGCGGUGCUCAUCAUUUAGAAAUAAGUGAAGUCUUAACGUCCGAUGCGGGUCAAUACACAAUUUAUGCAGAAAAUUCUUUGGGAAAGAUCAGUGCUGAAUGUCAAAUUGAAGUUCUGGAAAAUACGGAUAAAGUAAAACGAUUGAAAGUAGAAGGUUUAUAUGCAUACGGAGCACGACAACAAACAUAUAAAGCACCGGAAUUUUUGAUAAAACCAGCCAAUCGAACGAUACAUGAAGGUGAACAAUUUCAAAUCUUUGCAAAAGUGAUUGGUAAUCCAGCACCGCAAGUUCUUUGGGUUCGAUUAGGUAAAGCCUUAGAAGAUGAUGAUGGUUAUCAUCGAAUUUAUGAUCGUAAUGGUGAAAAUUACUUUGAAAUUCCAAAAAUUUCCAUUCUGGAUGCCGGAGAAUAUUCUUGUAUUGCUACAAAUAUGAUGGGAGCUGCUUAUAGUACAUUUAUUAUUUGUGUGGAAGCUAUGACUGAACCAGAAUCCACUGGUUCGGAAAUCGAAGAACGUUCUGCUAAUGUUUCCGAUGUUGAUACAAAUGUUAUGGAAGAUUUUCCUGAAUCAAUUGCUUCUCAAUUGAUUGACAAACAUGUUCGACAACAUCGACAAUUGAAAUUAUCUGAUCAAUCCGAUGUGGAUUAUUUCUUCUCAGAUUUCGUGUUGAAAGAUGAUUUUCGUGAUGAAGCUCGAGAUGUUUAUAUGAACAAAGGUGAUAUGGUUGAAAUCGUUGAUAUUGAUAAACAGGAUAAAUGGCUUGUUCGAAACAAGAAAAAUUUGAAUCAAAUCUGUUAUGUACCACGAGAAUAUCUUGAAAUGGUACCUGAUACUGACAUCUCUCCAGCUGGAUUAAAUCUGACAUAUGUUGAGCCAAUUCAACCGCUUGUUCCUAGCAAACGAACAUAUACGAAAAAGUCCGGUGUAGUGGCCAACAGUAUCGACAAACGUUACAAUCCGACAAAUCAAGAAGAUCAAGAUUCAUCCUCAAGUAGUGAUGAUUUAAAAACAAUGACAGAGGAAGCUGAAGUUUAUUUUGCAAAUUCGGAUUAUGUUCCUACACGUCCAGAUGGGAUUUCACUUGCCGAAAAUCAACUUGUCGAUGUGCUUGAUUCACAUGAUCCCGAACAAUAUCUUGUUCGUACUCGAGCACGUAAAGAUGAACGGCCAAAAAUCGGUUGGGUGGAUGCAUGUUUUCUCGAGAAGAAGUCAACUAACAUAGGACAAAUCAUUAUGGACAUUGUCGUUGUCGUUGCUGCUGCUGCUACUGAUUUCUUCAUGUUCUCGCGAAAAUCGGUUAUUCAUCGUAUGAGAAGAGUUCUUUCAUUCGUCGAUAUUUAG